AUGAAUUAUUAUUGUAUUAUAUGCAGCUUAAAAUCAUUGGAUCAAGGGGUGAGUGUCAGUGUUGGUGAGUCACUUACAGCUGGCAAUGGGACAACCCGAUGGCUCUCUCCUUCAAGAGAUUUUGCAUUUGGGUUUUACCAACUUCCUAAUGCACUUUUCUUGCUAGCUAUUUGGUAUGACAAGAUACAAAAUGAUGCCAUCAUUUGGUAUGCAAAUGGAGACAACCCUGCACCCAAGGGAUCAAGAUUGGUAUUAAAUGAUUUUCAAGGUUUGGUUCUCACCAACCCUCAAGGUUUAGAGUUAUGGAGAUCAGAUUUCACAUCAGGUAAAAUUUCUAAUGGUCUAAUGGAUGAUGAUGGAAACUUUCAUUUGCGAGACAAAAAUAAUGCGACAAUAUGGGACAGUUUCAGUCAUCCUACGGAUACAUUAGUUCCUAAUCAAGUAAUGGAGUUAAAUGGGAAUCUUUUUUCACGGCAAGGAGCGUUAAACUUCUCACACGGAAGGUUCAAAUUUCAUCUACAAGAGGAUGGAAAUCUUGUACUUAACGUUAUAAAUCUGCCAAGCAACUAUAGUUAUGAUCCUUACUACACAUCUGGCACAAGUGAUGAUGAGAAUCAAACAAAUGCUGGCCAACGUUUGAUAUUUGACAAAUCAGGUUUCUUAUACAUAGAGAAAAUAGGAGGGAAUAACUUUUCUAUUUUCAACCAGAAUGUGAGAUUCUCAACUGAUGAGUUCUACUACAAAGCAACAAUUAAUUAUGAUGGAGUUUUCACCAUAUCAGUUUACCCUAAAGAUCCAAAAAGAGGACAAAGUUGGGUCAUUGCAAAGACUAUACCAGAAAACAUAUGCUUGUACUAUACAUCCAUAUAUGGUGAAGGUGUAUGUGGGUUUAAUAGUAUGUGCACCAUUACAAAUGACCAAAGGCCAAAUUGUACCUGCCCAGACGAAUAUUCUCCGAUUGAUUCAAAUAACAUGUAUGCUGGUUGCAUACCAAAUUUUCAAGUUAUCUGUCAAGCAGGUGGGAAUUUGAGUUCACAAGAUAAUCUAUAUACAAUGAAGGAGUUACCAAAUACUGAUUGGCCUGGAUCUGAUUAUGAAAAAAUAUCUCCAUCUAAUUUACAAGAAUGUAAGGAAUCAUGUUUGCAAGAUUGCUUAUGUGUUUUGGUUCAUUUUGACCAAGUCCGAAGUUCCUGCUGGAAAAAGAAGCUCCCACUAUCUUAUGGUAGAAAUGAUCCGGCGGUAAAUGGUAUUUCAAUCAUGAAAUUGAUGAAAAGUGAUCAUUUGUCCUCCUUCUCAAAAGUGAAGAAAGAUCAUGAUACUUUGGUCAUUGUGAUUUCAGUUCUUUUGGGAAGCUCUAUAUUUGUCAUUUUAACAUUGCUCGGGGUGAUAUUUUUUGGGUUCCCCUACAACCGGAAGAAGAUCAAAAGUGGUAGAAACAACGAAAGUUUUGUUGACAAUAACUUGCGAAGGUUUAGCUUCAAGGAAAUUGUUGAAGCAACAAGAAACUUUAAAGAAGAAUUAGGAAGAGGGUCUUGUAGCAUCGUCUACAAAGGAACAAUAGAGAUUAUGAUCAAUGUGGCAGUUAAGAAACUAGAUAAGUUGAUUCAAGAUAGUGAUAAGGAAUUUAAGACUGAAAUGAGUGUGAUAGCCCAAACCCUUCAUAGGAAUCUUGUUCGUCUUCUUGGAUACUGCAAUGAGGGACAACAUCGGAUUUUGGUAUACGAGUUCAUGAGUAAUGGUACUUUAGCGAGCUUUCUUUUCACCCCAUUAAAACCAGAUUGGAACCAACGAGUCCACAUUAUCCUGGGGAUUGCAAGAGGUCUUGUUUACUUGCAUGAGGGAUGUUGCACCCAAAUCAUCCAUUGUGAUAUAAAGCCACAAAAUAUACUUCUAGAUGAUCAAUACAAUGCAAGGAUUUCAGAUUUUGGAUUAUCAAAGCUAUUGUUGAUUAAUCAAAGCCACACUGAAACUGGAAUUAGAGGAACCAAAGGGUAUGUUGCACCAGAUUGGUUUAGGAGUGCACCAAUCACUGCAAAGGUUGAUACUUAUAGUUUUGGUGUAUUGUUGUUAGAGAUCAUUUGUUGUAGGAAAAAUGUAGAGAAAGAAAUUUUCACUGAAGAACAAGGGAUUUUAACUGAUUGGGCUUAUGAUUGCUAUAAGACUAAAAGACUUGACGGUCUUCUAGAAAAUGAUAAUGAGGCUGGCAAUGACAUGAUGUGCUUGGAAAAGUUUGUGAUGAUUGCUAUUUGGUGCAUUCAAGAAGAUCCUUCUCUUAGGCCAACAAUGAAGAAUGUUUUACUGAUGUUAGAAGGAAUUGUUGAAGUUGCAGUUCCCCCAAGUCCCUAUCUAUAUGGAUCUAAUUAGUAUUAGUUUCUUUUCAUGG